UUAUUCUAAGUAAAUAUAAUUAUUUUUGUUUAGCAAACUAUUAUUACUCACGCUCAAGGUCGAACUGCGCCGCCAAUGACGAUAAAAUGUUGAUAAUUUUUGAGGUUAGGCGCUGACAUCAUUAGUGUUUUGUUAUGAUGAUUUUCCGGGAAAGGACGCCAAAAUAAAAAGUAACAUAGAAAACAAUAGCCUAUCAAGGCCAGGUGAUAAAUUGAAUGCAAAUAUAUUUAACACGAAUAGAAAUGUUUAACGACUCGUAAAGUCAGAAAGCCGACGCGGAUUUUAUUGAUUUUUCUUGACCUGUUGAACAUAUUGAACACCAGUUGCUUCUAAUGAUCCCAUGAGCUCUGAGUCCUUUGCCCAAGAAAGAGAACAGACUGUUGGAUUGUUGAGUAGCAACAUGGAAGCUAGAGCAGAAGCACAAAAAACCAAACAUUAUAAAUCAUUAUAUACCUUUACAACAUCUGUUGGAGUAGGUACCUUGAUUUUGAUGGUGUUUUGGAUCCUACAUUACAGAGGAGGAUUUUCAUGGAAUACAAAACCUGAUCAACAGUUCUACUGGCAUCCUUAUUUGAUGUUUUUAGGCAUGCUCUUCCUUUACUCACAAUCAAUGCUAGUAUACAGGACAUACAGGACUUCAGCAAAGAAAAAUUUGAAACUAGCUCAUGCUGGUAUACAUUUUUUGGCAUUUAUUUUAUCAGUAAUAGGUUUGAAAGCAGUAUUUGACUCCCACAAUUAUGCAAAGCCACCUAUACCAAACCUAUACACUCUCCAUUCCUGGAUUGGUUUGAUCACAGUCAUCAUUUUUUCUAUACAGUUUUUGGCUGGAUUUGUGACUUUCCUGUACCCAGGUUUGGCUGGGUCUAUUCGUAAAGCAGCAAUGCCUGUUCAUACUGCAUUUGGUACUGGUCUGUUUGUACUAGCCCUUGUUGCAGCAAUUUCUGGAAUUAUGGAGAAAGCUAUUUGGACACUCAAAAACGAAUAUGCUGAUUUCCGAGCAGAAGGAGUGGUCUUCAACUUUAUGGGAAUAUUCAUCGCGCUUUAUGGAGUACUUGUAUUGUACCUGGUGAAUGAAUCAGACUACAAGAGAGCUCCACUGCCAGAAGAUCAAAUAGCCUUGUCACAUUCUGAAUAAUAUGUCAAGUAUUGUCACGAAACACAGCUUAGAGUGAAGUGAUGCAAAUUGUUCUUAAUACAAAUUUAGUUUUAUAUUAUUAGAUAACGUUUAUAGGUGACCUAAAAAUGUGCCGAAAUUUUAUCAGCCAGUCAUUUCACAGGGCCACAACUUGAGUUUGUGGAGCAAAUAUUUUUGUCUAUUCUGUGUGGCAAUUAUUUUGCACUAAAUAUGGAAAGGAGGGAAGAGCUGCAGAAGCACAAAUUAAAUCGAUUUGCCUAGUGAAGUUAUCUGGAUAUCUGGAAUACCCAUUUGUACCUAAAUAUACCAGAACAGUUUGCAACAUUCGAUUACAGAAAGAGCAAACAGACUCCUAGGACCAAAAUAAAUUUGAAACCCUAUACGGCUGUAUCUUUAGUAGAUUUUGGCUUGGUUUAUGAAACCUUUUGUAGGUUAUUAUGCCAUUGAGAACGUUUUUUUGCAAGUGCUUCAUUUAACAAGUUCCUUAAUUUGCCUUAUUUUGUUACUUCAACUACAGGGUCCGGCAGUGAAACUUGACGGUUUUUGAAAUGAGAGAAAUCAGUGAAUUUUCAAGAUAUUUUUAGAUAUAUAUUUUUGUUUAAUAGAGAAAGGACGGAAAUUAGAGAUUCACACCAUAAAGUAGAGAAAAACCAUUAUGUGUAUGAAAAAAUAACGUCGCUCAAAUGACGAACCCCAUAUUCCACGCACUGCUCAAAUCGGUUGAUGCAGCGCGCCAUCACUCUCUCCAAAGUGUGUUGAGGGAUCGCAUGAAUUUCUCUCCGGAUGUUCUCUAGCAGUUGUUCCAAACUUCGAGGCUUGUCCAGCUGAACUUUUCCCUUGAGGUAGCCCCACAGAUAAAAAUCGCAUGGGGACAAAUCGGGAGAGCGUGAAGGCCAUGGAAUGCCAACACGGAGAGAAAUUAAUUUGCCGGGAAAUGACCAUCUCAGCAGCUCCAUUGACAAACGUGACGUAUGGGCAGUAGCCCCAUUCUGUUGAAACCAAACCAUUCUAAGAGGAAAGCGGCGACUACGUAAUUCAGGAAGAAAAAAAUCCUGGAUCAUGGAUACAUAUCGCUCCGAAGUCACUGACAGUUGACUUACUGACUGCUACACAUACAGUUACCCUUUACUGGCCUUUGAUGGAGCUGUCGUGGGUUUUCCGGUCCCCUCUCCAACCACUCGUCCAAUCUCUACCUGCUUUUAAAAACCAUCAGAUUCCACUGCCGGACCCUUUGGUCUUUAAAUGGCAUUCUAUAAUGUAAAAGUAUUUUACAUCAAUGUUAUUUUUUUCGAAAUAUUGAAACAUUUGAUCUGAUUCCUCGUUUAUAAUUGUGGAAGCAAUUUAUAUGUGAUUUUUAAGUGUGACUAUUUUAUUAUAGAUUUGAUUUACUUCAAAAUAUGGUAUUUUGAGCUUACACAACUUUGUAACUAUGAGUAUUUGUCAGAGUCUGAUUCUAACAAAAUAAUAAUUAUUGGUAUUCUAUUAGAUCUUACCAAUGUAAUUGAAGCUGGAGUGUUGACCAAAUGUUUGAAACUAAUCGCAUUAUUAACUACUAUGUCGUAAUUUGUCUGUGUUUUUGGUAAAACUUUGGCCUAAGUAUGCCUAAGUUGAACUACAAGGUGCUUUGUUGGUAUGUCAUCAAAAUUUUUAAUUUUUGUGUGCAGUUAAAAAAUAGUUUUUUAGAUUUACCAGUAUAUAUUUUUGCUAGAAAUGUAUUUAUAUUUUAAAUAUUGUUCCUAUAAGCAUGUGGUUAUAGACUAUGUGUCUAUUAAAUACCCGAACACCCCAAAAACUUGGCAACCAAUCAUCUUCUGGAAAAAAAAGGUUGUAAAUAAAGUUUCAGGGUAUCAAAAAAGCAAAUUGUCAGUGAUCUCAAAUAUGAUCUAGGCGAUGACCUCAAAGGUCAUUUGGAGAUCAACUUUAUAAAUUCAAAUGGCAAUCGCCUUUUUGUCAGCAGAUUUGUGUCCAGCUCAAGAUUCCACAUCAGAAUGCUUUUUCAUACAUGACGUCAGGUAGUAAUGAGCGGUAUAGUCAGUGUGACACUGUAACGUCUGAAAAGUACACCCCGAAAACGUGACAACCGCGCACUUUCCUCUUCCUGUAUGGCCAGACUGCGCCACAAGUCAUAACAGCGUUCCUUUUUGACCUCUGAACUUCAUUUCAAAAAUGCAUAGGGCGUUGGGGCGUUAAUGUAAUUUGAAAACGUACACAUUAAUAAUGACUAAUGACCGCCUGACCUCACGCAUGGAAUCUGAUGUAAAAUCUCUACCUCGACAUGAAUCUGUUGUCAAAAAUGGUGGUUACUACGUGAAUUUACAAACUUGACCUCCAAAUAGUCUUUAAGGUCAUUGUUUAGGUCAUAUCUGAGAUCAGAGACAAAUUGCUUUUUUGAUAUCCUGAGGCUUUUCUUAAACUUUUUUUUUACAAAAAACGAGUAGUUAAGUUUUUGGGGUGUUCCGCUAUAUGUAUAUGUAUUUCAAUCGGUAUAUAUAUUGUUGGUGCUAUUUUUUAUGUUCAUGUUGAGUUCCACUGUGACACUUUCAAAAUUCUAUGACUCAAUGUGUUCGUCUACCGGUAGUACACAGCGCUAAAGCUGCUGCACGAUUGUUAACAGAUGAUGUUAGAUACCUCAUCUGCUUUAUGCAGCUGCCAUCCCUAGCGAUUAUACGAUAAGCGCUGCAAAAAGUCGCUUGAAGCGCAUUCCGCCGAAAUCUGCAGAGAAGCACACAUUGUUUCUUCAUGUCUUUCAUUAAUCCACCAAUGAAUUUCGCAUAUUCAAUUCCAAAAUUCUAUUUUUUUAUUGUAAUCGGUAAUGUAUAUUUUUUUCUCGGUUCAAAACAACCAAAUCGACUGAUUUUUUUAAAUCGUAACGUAAAUUUACUAUACAAAUUGAAUGUAUAUUAUAUAGUGUAUAUACAAAUAUACGUAUGUGUUUGCAAACAA